AUGGCAACUUUGACUGUGCAAAACGAAAAUAUCCGUGCCUCUGGCGAUGGUAGCGAAUGCAAAAAACCUAAAUUUGAUGAGCAGAUGGAGCAGCGUCUUACCAUUCGUUUCGUAAAGCUGAAUCCUGAUGCUCAAACACCAGCCUACGGUUCUCUUGCUGCUGCUGGCGCUGAUCUUCACAGUGCUGAAGACUGCACAGUUCCAGCACACGGUAAGCUUUCGCAUUGA